AUGGCAUCAACAUCUGCUGGUGCGAUGAGAGCUUUAUCGUUGGAACUGAAAGAUCUUCAAUCCCAGCCCGUUGAAGGGUUUACGAUAAACGUUAACGAGGACAACUUGUUUUUAUGGACGGUUGGAAUAUACGGAGCACCGAAGACAAUAUAUCAGGUUCGUACAAGUUCAGGAAACUUUCAAACGGUAAAAAAUAAUAUUUAGUAAUUUUGCUUCACUUUUCUAAGGUAGAAAUAAUCGUUUCUAUGCAGCGGCUUCACACGAAACGAAAUUUUUGCCGCUCUCGUGUUACAGUUGUGGUUCCGAAUGAAUUUUCACACGAUUUUUCCGUCAACGAAAAUGAACACUGAAAGAUGUGGGCACCGAUCACCCGGCGCAGCAUGAUUGAAAAAUAAAGAAAAAAAUAAUCCACAUAAAAAAAGAUUUCUUAAUUUUAAUGGAAAAACACCUUGCUUUUUUUAGGGUGGUUAUUUCAAAGCUCAUAUCCGCUUUCCAACGAAUUAUCCAUAUUCUCCACCUACUGUCAAGUUUCUCAACAAAGUUUGGCAUCCGAAUGUUUACGAGGUUUUUUUUUUUACUUCAACAGGUUUUCCAGUAGCGUGAUUCUUGCUGUUUUAUAUAUUUUUAUUGAUUCUUUCUAAUUAUUGCAGAAUGGCGAUCUUUGUAUCAGUAUUUUACACGCACCUAUUGAUGAUCCGCAUAGUGGAGAGUUGCCGUGUGAAAGAUGGAACCCGACACAAAAUGUUAGGUUAGUAUGAAGUUUGGAAGAAAAUUGAAAAUUCUCCAAUUUAAUGACUUUCUACUGACUGGCUAUGACUCUGACGCAAAACUAUACAACUUCGAUUCAUAUAUGGGCCAUUCCAGCUUGUCACGUUUUUUUUCCGCCGAAAGGCUAGGUCAAAUUUGACCAACUUCGCUUCAAGACCUUUGUUUCUUACCGUUAUAAGAGCGGAAAUUUGAUCUAAUUUGGUAUACGGUUUUUUCGGGGGAAAGAAUAACGUGACAAGCUGGCGCGCAAUAGGCUAUAAUAUCUCGUUUAAAAGAAAAAUUUUUAGUGUUAUUUUUCACUUUAAAUGAACUUAGUUUUUAGAACUAUUUUGCUAUCUGUGAUUUCCCUUCUCAACGAGCCCAACACGUCUUCUCCAGCAAAUGUUGACGCUUCGGUCAUGUACAGAAAGUGGAAGGAUGGCGGCGAUUCGGAGUACGCGACUAUUGUUGGGUAUACUUCUAUUUCGUGAAUCGCUUCUUAUCGGAAACUUUUCAGUAAGCAAGUAGAGGAUUCUAAAAAAGAAGCGGAAAGAGACGGUGUUGUCGUUCCAGAAACCGUUGAAGAAUACUGCGUUAAAUGGUGUCCACCUCAACAAGACGAUGCUUUUGACUCGAUGGAAUAUGGUUAGAAUUUUUCUCACCAAUUUUCACUUAUUGCGUAACCGCAAGAACUUGAUGGUACGAUUUUUCUGAAGUCUUUGAAGUACUGAUCUCAGAGCACGCAAAUCUCAAGGUCGUUAAUUUUUGAAUUUAUGAACCUUCGAAUGUGUGAAUAUAUGAAAUUCCAUUUUAUUUCUAUUUUAUUUUUUUCCUUUUUUUAACAGUAAAAUUAGAAAUGAGCACCAAAUAUAAUUCAUUCACGAAUUAAAUAAUUUUCGUUGAGACUUUUGGCCAAGUAUUAAAUACUUUUUUCGGUAAAAAAGGCAGAGUGAAGCUGAAAAAAAAAUGAAAGAAAUGAAUGACUAUCGGAGAUAGGAAAAAAAGUAUUUUUCAUUCAGUUUGGAAAUUGAAAAGUUGAAAAAAACAAAAAAAUUUUACCUCUUUAGUGAAGAGUCUUUACACACUUUGUAUCUGAAAUUAUAUUUUGCGUAUAACAAAAAAAUAAUUACUAACUUGGUCUUAUGAAUUAAAAGUUGGCGGACUUCGGGAUUUUUUUCCACUUUAUCAUAUUGAUAGAGAUUUUUUUUUGACGAAAAGUCCCCGGCGUUCUCUUUUCCGACUUUUUUCAGAACUUACACGUACGGAAUGUCUUCAUACGAAUAAUAUAGUUUAUUCACAAUGGAAAAAAACAAAGAAACAGCAAAAAAGUGUGAAAAAUCACGAAAAAAAUUAUAAUAGGAAAAAAAGUCGUGAAAUUUUUCUAGCAAUAUGAAAAAAAUUUAAAAAUUUUGCUCAUCUUCAAUUCAUACCACAAGUAACGAAACUUUACCGGUGUUCUUCAUUCUUUUUUUAGAUUCCUAGCACGCUGGUCAUUGUAUUUUUUUACUCAUUUUGGCAAUUGUUUAAGCUGAAAUAUAAUUUAGCGAGAAAUCUCAAGAAGCUUAAUUUCUUUUUCCAUGUAAUUUAUUUCACUCAGAAAAAAUUCAUUAAGAUGAUGAUUUUUACGACGAUUAUGAUGACGGCAGUGACAACGAAGAGGGAUGCAACGAAGAAGAUGAGGACAGUGGACAAGGCGAAAACUGA